AUGAGCGACGCGGGAGGGCCCGAUAUGGGCACCACGGGCACCAUGCCACAGGUUCAUGCUGAGGGCGGCCCCAGCUCUGUGCCUCUGGUCGCCGCCGCUGCGCCAACCCACGCCGAGCCCCCCGGCAGCAGCGCAGGCGCCCACGCAGCAGCGCAGGCCACGGCGGCCAAGGCGACUGCCCAGCAGGCCUCGCCAGUGCCUCUGCACACUCCAGAGGGCGAGGAAGAGGCGGCGCCGCAUACAGCCGGGCCGGCGACCGCCGGCGGCGACGUGGUGACGCCUGCUGUGCCUGCCGCCUUUGCCGCCGCCGCGCCCGGCACGGCCCCGCGGCAGACCGCAGCACCCGCAGCAGCGCCGGCCAGCCCUGGGCAGCCGCAGGCCAGGGUUGAGCCCCCAGGGGAGAGCGAGGCAGCAGAGGUGCUGGCGCUGCUGGCAGCCGUGGAAAAGGGGGAGGCAGCAGCGGGCGCCGUGCCAGCCGGCGCUGCCGGUACGGCCGGCGGCCCAGCGGCACCCGCCGCGGCAGCGCCAGCGCCGGCAGCAGCAGGGACAGAGGCUGGCGCCGCGGCACAGCAGCAGCCAGGUGGGCGCGCCUGCUGGCUGGGGCAGGCCACUGUGUCCAUAGUGGAGUACAUCCGCAAGCACCAGGCCUUCUACCUGCAGUCAACAGGCAGCGGCGUGCCGGAGCGCAUGCUCAGGUGCGGCGGCGGGCCCGCUGCGCGGCGGUGGCUGGCUCCAGCGCUGGAAGGGUGGCAGUCGUUUGGCAACAACCCCGACACCUCCAAGGCGCUUCGCUUCCUGGUGGCGGAGAGCCGCAUCGUGCGGUCGGGGCUGGGCGGGCGCAAGGACCCUUACUCUUAUGUGCUGCAUCCCGCGGCCGACGCCAUCCAGCCGCAGGCCGCUCCCGCCGCAGCAGCGGCGGCCGGCGGCAGCGAGCCGCGCCCAGGGCAGCCGGCGCCGCUGCGUGGCGCCAUCAAGCGCAAGCCGCAGCACCAGCGCUCGGCGGCUGCGGCCGCGGCAGCGGCAGCGCUGCCGGGCUGGCCUCGCGGCUGGCAGGAGGAUGCCUCUGGCGCAGCAGCGGAUGACCGGCCCGACGUGUCUGGCAGUGUGGGCGAUGCAACCGAGGGAGGUCGGCGGCGGCAGCGCCGGCCCUCCACUAAAGCCCAGGAGAAUGCCGACGCCGAGCAGCUGCUGGAGCGGCUGGAGGGCGGCGGCGGCGGCAGCGGCAGCAAGCCGGGGCGGCGCAAGCGGCUGGGCCCCGGCCUGUCCAGCGGCACCCUGCCAGAGUCGUUGGGAGAGGCAGAGGCGGAGGCUUCUAGCAACCAUUAUGACGACGAGCAGGGCGAGCGAGUGGCCAGCCAGCAGCAUGGCGGGAGCUCCGUCGCCAAGCGGCAGCGUGGCGCGGGCGGCGGCGCCGGCAGCGGCGCGGGCGGCGUGGUCACGCCGACGGCAGCAGCUGGCAUGCUGAUGGCGGGGCCGGGUGGCAUGAUGAUGGCAGCUCCAGGCGGCAUGAUGAUGACCCCACUGAUGAUGCCUAUGCCUCCUGGCAUGGCGCUGCCCGGCGCAGGCAUGGCGCUGCCCGCCGGGGCUGCCGCCAUGGCACCGGCCGGCAUGGCGCCGGCUGGCAUGGCGCCGGCCGGCAUGGCGGCGGCUGGCAUGGCGGCGGCUGGCAUGGCGGGGGUCCCCGUCUUCCCCGGCGCCGCUGCCAUGCCGGGCAUGCCGCUGGGUGGCGUUCCGCUGGACCCUCAGCAGGCUCAGCAGGCCCAGCAGGCUCAGCAGGCGAUGAUGGCACAGAUGCACGCCGCCACUCAGAUGGCCUUCCUGCAGAUGCAGCACAUGCAGCAGAUGCACUGGAUGCAGAUGCAGCACAUGCAGGCGCAGCAGGCGCAGCAGCAGGCGCAGCAGGGGCAGGAGGAGGGGCCGCCGGCGCCGGCAGAGCCGCUGCCGCCCGGGCAGCAGCAUCAGCAGCAUCAGCAGCAGUAG